AGCAACCUCCACCUUUCCCCGGACAGAAUGAGAGGCUGCUAGUGACCUAGCAGCAUGGGGAAACUGCUCAGGUUGGGGCCCCAGGAGAGGCGGGGCCUGCGGCCCAAGCGGCUUCUGUGGAGUCGCCUGCUCUUCCUGUUGGGAAUGCUGAUCGCUGGCUCCACCUAUCAGCAUUUGAGGCGGCCGCAGGGCCUCCCAUCCCUGGAGGCUGAAGUCUUUCCCCAACAGCCUGUCAAGCUGGCCAGCAGGGACCUCUCCCCAGAAGAGGAGGUUCUAACGGUGAGCAGGGCUCCCCCAAAAGCUGACUCUGCAUUGGAGGAGAAGGCAUUGGCACCCCAAACCACAGCGGGCAGGGAGGAAGCAACAGCACCCAGCCGGACUAUAGAGAGCACCCCCAGGAUGCCCCAAAGCACAGCCAAGAGCACUCCAGUGACAACGGAGAAUCAUGACAGCCCACCAGCCACGGGGAUGCAAGGAGGAAAGCAAAAUAUCCCAUCAACACUGAGUAGAGGCCUGCACCUGUAUUCCCUAAUUGCAGGCCGACAAACGGCACGAAGUUCUACCCCAGUACCCAGGAAAGAAGCAGAGAGCUCCAGCUCCACUUGGGCCAGAGGGGAGGAGGAGAAUUAUACCCCACGCCUGACCAGUGGAGAAACAGACACGUUGGCACCGCCUGUGUUCACAAUGACAAUGGGAACGAGCCUAGGAACCAGCCAGGCAGUGGCCUUCAGGACCACCAUGGAAGGGGGUGCAGCUAGGGCAACCUACAGAGUCUGGGAGACCAGCCCUGCUAGGAGAACUGUGGAAGAAAGCCCUGCUGCUACUCUGCGGGAUGUGGCUGAGCACAGCACCCCUCUGCUGGUCCAGGAUGCAGAGGCAGAGCCCUGGACAUCUGUAAGGGAUACGGUGGGAAAGCACACGGUAAACACCCCCAGAAGAGGGGAAGAGAGCACCUCUACUGGUCCCUGGUGGCCGGCGGGCAGGAAGAGCCCAGCUCCCCAGGGAGCCAUCCGGCAGCUAUCCCUAGCCAUCUCCAAAGGGGCGGGGACCAUAAGCAGCAUGCCCAACCGCAGCCCAGCACACGCUAAGGACUCCACCACUGCCUGGAGGGUGAGGAGUCCCUCAUUCAGAACCAGUGCACCUGUCCUCACCACAGCCUCUACCACCACGGAGGGGCUGGUGAGGGAAGCUUCCACAGCACCUGGCACCUCCAUGACCCCCAAACUCAGGGGAAACCCUACCACGCAGGUCCGGCACUGCGUGGUGGUGGAGCCGGCCCUGGCUGUGCCUGCUGAUCCCUCCCCAAGCUCCACAACAGCCCUACUUCCAGAAGCCCUCAGCCCCAGCCCUUCCACACAGCCCCCCGGCUGGCCAGAUCUCCACUCCAAGGGCGAGUACCCCCAGGACCUGUUCAGUGUGGAGGAGCGGCGGCAGGGCUGGGUGGUCCUGCAUAUCUUUGGCAUGACGUAUGUGUUUGUGGCCUUGGCCAUCGUGUGUGAUGAGUACUUCGUUCCGGCUCUGGGUGUCAUCACAGAAAAGCUGCAGAUCUCCGAGGAUGUGGCAGGGGCCACCUUCAUGGCUGCCGGAGGCUCAGCCCCGGAACUCUUCACCUCCCUUAUCGGUGUCUUCAUUUCCCACAGCAAUGUGGGCAUCGGUACCAUCGUGGGCUCCGCCGUGUUCAACAUCCUCUUUGUCAUCGGCACCUGUGCCCUCUUCUCCCGGGAGAUCCUCAACCUCACUUGGUGGCCCUUGUUCCGUGACGUCUCCUUCUACAUUCUCGACCUGACCAUGCUCAUCCUCUUCUUCCUGGACAGCCUCAUCGCCUGGUGGGAGAGCCUGCUGCUACUGUUGGCCUAUGCCCUCUACGUAUUCGCCAUGAAGUGGAACAAGCAGAUCGAGCUCUGGGUGAAGGAGCAGCUCAGCAAGAGGCCAGCAGCCAAGGUCAUGGCCCUGGAAAGCCUCAGCAAGACGGGUGACAGGGCCAUUGCUGAGGACGAGCCACAGGACGGCCCGAAGCUGAAGCUCCCAUCCUUGUUGACCAGAGGAAGCAGCUCAGCCUCUCUGCACAACAGCACGAUCCGCAGCACCGUCUUCCAGCUCAUGAUCCACAGCCUGGAGCCCAUGGGGUUCGGUGCCCGCUCCUCCAAGGAAAAGGAGGAGAGCUUGAAUCAGGAGGUCCGAGCCCAGCCCCAGGCCAAAGCUGAAAACAAACCCGAAGAGGAGGAACUGGCCGAGCCCCCAGCAGUCACGGUCACACCAGCCCCUCUGGAUGUCCCAGGGGAGGAGGAGGAGGAGCCAGGCGGUCAGGAAGAUGUGGCGCAAGCUGAGAACGCAGGUGACAAGGGAGUGGCUGCUGGCCAAGGUGUCGUCAGGGAGGAAAACAGGGAGGCCGCUCAGCCAGAGGGGGAAGCUGGGCCCGAGGCAGAAGCAGCUGAAUGUGGAAGUGGAGGUGAGGCAGAAGGAAGAGGAGACGAACAUGGAGGUGAAGAGGAACUUCCAGCUGAAAGCAAAGGGGCCAAUGAAAGUACUGGCUGGGGGGGCGUCCCGGCAGAAGAUGGAGUUGAAGGGAAAACGGAAGGCCAGGAUACCAGUGCUGAAAACCAAGGUGAAGCCAACAACGAUGAGAAGGGUGCGGAUGGGGAAGGAGGAAACGAUGGAGGUGACAGUGAAGAGGAGGAGGAGGAGGAGGAUGAAGAUGAGGAGGAGGAGGAAGAGGAAGAUGAUGAUGAGGGAAACGAGGAGCCCCUGUCCCUGGACUGGCCUGAGACCAGGCAGAAGCAGGCUCUCUACCUCUUCCUCCUGCCCAUCGUGUUCCCACUCUGGCUGACGGUGCCGGAUGUCCGGAGGCAGGAGGCCAGGAAGUUUUUCGUCAUCACCUUCCUGGGAUCCAUCAUAUGGAUUGCCAUGUUCUCCUAUCUCAUGGUGUGGUGGGCUCACCAGGUUGGCGAAACAAUAGGGAUUUCAGAAGAGAUUAUGGGAUUGACCAUCCUAGCAGCAGGUACGUCAAUUCCUGACCUCAUCACCAGCGUGAUUGUCGCCCGGAAAGGCCUGGGAGACAUGGCCGUGUCAAGCUCUGUGGGCAGUAACAUAUUUGACAUCACUGUGGGCUUGCCUGUUCCGUGGCUGCUUUUCUCUCUCAUCAAUGGGUUGCUGCCUGUGCCGGUGAGCAGCAACGGCCUGUUCUGCGCCAUUGUUUUGCUUUUCCUCAUGCUGCUGUUUGUGAUCUCGUCCAUUGCAUCCUGCAAGUGGAGGAUGAACAAGAUCCUGGGCUUCACCAUGUUCCUCCUCUAUUUUGUGUUCCUCAUCAUCAGCGUGAUGUUAGAAGACCGGAUCAUAUCCUGUCCUGUGUCCAUCUGAGACAGGCACCUUUGCUCCCAAUGCACACCCGUCUGAAGACCGUGUCGGAAGUUGUUGUACCUCCUGUUCCGUUACUGAAAGGACGAGCAUGCUCCAGGGCAGGGAGUGGAGUGGACUGACC